GCACCGUCCCCGCCCCUCGGGCGUACGUGUACGCGCAGGACGCAGGCGCGCGGUCUCGGGGGCCAGUGAGAAGCGGGACGCGGUAGAUAUUUGAGGUGCGGGAGCUGGGAGAGGAUGGAGCCGCCGAAGGUGGAAAAGUUCAGCACUGCCGACCGGGGAAACGGACUUCGCGCCUUGGCUGCGCUGCGCCCCGGAGACCUACUUUUCCGCUCGGAUCCUUUGGCAUACACGGUGUGCAAAGGGAGUCGUGGCGUCGUCUGCGACUGCUGCCUGCUCGGGAAAGAAAAGCUGUUGCAAUGUUCUCAAUGCCGAGUUGCCAAAUACUGUAGUGCCAAGUGUCAGAAAAAAGCUUGGCCUGACCACAAGCGAGAAUGCAAAUGCCUUAAAAGCUGCAAACCCAGAUACCCUCCAGACUCUGUCCGACUUCUUGGCAGAGUUGUUUUUAAACUUAUGGAAGAAACACCCUCUGAAUCGGAGAAACUUUACUCAUUCUACGAUCUGGAGUCAAACAUUAACAAACUGACUGAAGAUAAGAAAGAGGGCCUCAGGCAACUUGCAAUGACAUUUCAGCAUUUCAUGAAAGAAGAAAUGCCGGAUGCUUCUCAGCUGCCACUUUCCUUUGACAUUUUUGAAGCCUUUGCAAAAGUGAUCUGCAACUCUUUCGCCAUCUGUAAUGCAGAGAUGCAGGAAGUUGGUGUUGGGCUAUAUCCUAGUAUGUCUUUGCUCAACCACAGCUGUGACCCCAACUGUUCGAUUGUGUUCAAUGGACCCCACCUCUUACUGCGUGCAGUGCGAGACAUAGAGCUGGGAGAAGAGCUCACCAUCUGCUACCUGGACAUGCUGAUGACCAGUGAAGAGCGCAAGAAGCACCUGAGGGACCAAUACUGCUUUGAAUGUGACUGUUUCCGAUGCCAAACCCAGGACAAGGAUGUUGACAUGCUAACUGGCAAUGAACAAGUUUGGAAGGAAGUUCAAGAAUCCCUGAAAAAAAUUGAAGAACUGAAGGCACAUUGGAAGUGGGAACAGGUUCUGGCAAUGUGCCAGGCGAUCAUAAGCAGCAGCUCCGAGCAGCUUCCCGACAUCAACAUCUACCAGCUGAAGGUACUCGACUGCGCCAUGGAUGCUUGCAUCAACCUUGGCCUAUUCGAGGAGGCACUAUUCUAUGGCAUUCGCACCAUGGAGCCAUACAGGAUUUUCUUCCCAGGAAGCCAUCCCAUCAGAGGCGUGCAGGUAAUGAAAGUUGGCAAACUGCAAUUACAUCAAGGCAUGUUUCCCCAAGCAAUGAAAAAUCUGAGACUGGCUUUUGAUAUUAUGAGAGUGACACAUGGCAGAGAGCACAGCCUGACUGAAGAUUUGAUUCUUCUCUUAGAAGAAUGUGACGCCAACAUAAGAGCAUCAUCCUAAGGGAGCCCAGUAAGAGGGCAAGUCAGCUGUCCCUUGUCCUGAAUGCCUUACGAGACACACAACUCAUACUUUGUUUGCUGUGUGAGCCUUCCCUAUUGGAACUGCUAUUCUGUGUCCAUGGAGGUAUCAAAAGACAGACACAUCGUUUGUAAACAACAAGAACUCUUAGCUGUAGGGAAGCACAAUUACAAUAAAUACAAAAGAAUUAUUGAAAAUGCUA